UAAAAUGGCUUCUUCAAACCCACCAAAGGUUUCAGCUAUUGAGAAAAUUGUCCAGAAUCAUCUGGAGUGUGGUAUUUGUUUUGAUCCAUAUAAGGACCCUAAAAUACUUGACUGUCUGCACAGCUUCUGUAAAAUCUGUUUGCAGAAAUACCAGUCUACCAACUACAAAGAUGCUACGAUGCUUAUUUGUCCCGUGUGUCGAAAAAAGACACAACUUCAUCAGAAAGAUGUUCAAGCUCUCAAGACUAAUUUCAACAUAACUAGUCUUGCAGAUCAACUGAAGCUGGUCAGCUUAUCUGAAGACAACCAGUGGGUUUGUAAACUAUGUAAGGACAAAAAUGAGGCAACUCAUUUCUGUUUUGACUGCCCGGCGAUCUUUUGUGCAAACUGCUACAAAGUGCACCAGCAAAGCCACACAGUAAACACUUUGAAAGACAUUAGUGAUGGGAAGAUUGCAAGCAAAGACAGAAAACCAAAACGCCGUCCAGAAUGCCAAACUCAUGAAGGUGAAGUGAUGUGGUUCUACUGUACAACUUGUGAUGUGAUGAUUUGCCAAGUUUGUACUGUCAUAGAUCACUGUAAACCACAACAUGAGUAUAUUGACUGCAACCAAGCCUCAUCCACAUACAAACAGUCAUUGGCUCAACUCUUUACUCCCCUUGAAGAAACCAUGAAGAAGCUUAAACAAUCUCAAGCAACUGCCUCAACAAUGAAAGACAACCUAAACAUUGCAGCUAAGAGAACCAUGGCAGAGGUGAAGAACAGAGCUGAUGAGAUCAGGGCUGAGGUAACAGCUCAAGAAAGACGCAUCAUGGAUGAAAUACAAACCACCCUUAAAGAUCGCAGCAGGAAAUUGGAGGAAUUUGAGCAAGCAGUGAGUGUUAACUUGCAACAAAUACAGCAAUCAUUGCAGAGCGCCAAAGAUGUCAGCAAGAAUUCAUUAGCUCCUGACUUCCUUGCAGUCUAUUCUACUAUCAGUCAGGACUUGAAGGGACUCAGAGAUCAAAAUCAACCCAAGAUAGAUCCGACCCUUUCCUAUCUGAGAUUCACUCCAGGGGUUUGUGACUUCUCCCUGGGUAAUCUGAUUAAGAAGGAGCCAAGGUGGGAGCUUUCUUUGAGGUAUGCUGAAGGAAUCGGUUGGGCUGUGGGUAUUGACGCCUCUAUUCCUGGGGAUGAGGUGGCAGUGGCAGACUACAGGAAUAGAAGAGUUGUAAUCUAUGACACUACGGGACACCAGAAGAAAACUAUCGACCUACCACAAGAUCCAGUGGCUGUUGCUGCAUUCAAGAAUCAGUUAGUGAUUGUAGAUGGGACCAACCCUGUCAAGAUGUACAAUAGGAAUGGCAAGAAGAUGUUUGAAUUCCACACAGUGCCUCAUAGUGAAGUGGGCAAGACAUCAGUAAACCUCCGCAGUGUAGCAGUCAUAAAGGAUACAAUCAUGGUCGGGGAUUGGAAGAGGUUAGUUAUAACUAAACACAGAUCCAGUGAUGGUUCACUCAUUGACACUCUUUCAGUUCAGACUAAACCUCGCUUCUUGGCCAUUGACAGCAAGGACAGAGUUAUAGUCAGUGGGGGCAUUCCACAACAAGUAGACAUUGUUGGAGUUGAUGGUGGUACACUUGUUAGCAUCAAUCCAAAGAUCAAUAGUCAACCAGUUCACCACUGCAGAGGUGUAUGCUGUGACAGCUCAGCUAUCUACAUUGCAGUGUGCAAUGAGGAUUGCAACACUGGUCAUAUUCAUCAGUAUGACACUCAGGGUAGAUUUCUCAGCUGUAUUGCUCAGGGUCUGUACUUUCCAUGUGGAAUCUCAUUGACAUCAGAUGGUCAGCAGCUUGCAGUGGCUGACGACCAAUCAGUGAAGAUUUAUAACAAGGUGUAAUGUUAUCUGAUUAUGAUGAUACUGGUAAGAGAAAUAAAUGCUACAAGUACAACAUGUACAUUGACAUGUACUGACCACAGAGUGUCCAUACAGCUCAUUAAAAAUCAAUCAAGAAUUAAAAAAAGAUGUGUGUUAUUCAUUCUUCAAUCAAAUAAUAAUCUGAUCAGUUUAAAUUAGAAACUCACAAUUAGUUCAAUUGAUCAAUAAUAUCAGUUAAACAUCCACACAAUUGUUUAAUUCAAACCUUAAUAUAGUGAACUCUUAGUAGUGUUGAAUUAACUUUUCUUAAAACACCAACAAAUGUUUUGACAUGUGAAUGGACAUGCAGGCUUUCACUGGGAAGAAUUUUAGUUGAUUCAGUUACAGUUUUUUUCUCCCUAAACCACCCUCAGGUUCUUCCAUGAGAAAUGUUACCAGCCUUUGCCCUCCCAUUUUUUUAUGAUAUUGGAGAGUAAUUCAACACUGUUCAGUAUAAGCCUGCAUGUCCAUUCCAACAUUUAUGGGUUGUUUGAGGUUCUGAAAAGAUUUACAACUACUCUGAAAAAGUGUUAAUGUAACGGUAGAAGAUUGCUCCCUUUAUUGUUGUUCCUGUCCCAUUCAAGAUUGACCAUGUAUACUUUAAUGACUUGUAAUCAGAAAAUAACAUCUCUGUUAGUUGAGUAGAAUUUGUUUUCAUACUAUCAACGUUGAUUUGUAAAAGAACAACUGUUUUACCUUGUUAUCCAUUAUCUUUCUCUACUGUCUAACCAAUCUUAACUUCAGGAUUUUAUAUGAUUUCGUUUUUAUGUAUUAAAAAUGCCAACAAAAUGUUCCACACAGGGAUCAUACAAUUGUGACGGUAGAAAUUGUCUAUUCAAGAUUGACAAAGUCUACUUCAUUGAUUUGUAAUCAGAAAUAUAACAUGCUGUGUUAGUUGAGCAGAAUUCAUUUUUAUAAACAUCAUGGUUGACUUGCAAAGGAACAAUGGUUUACUUUGUUUAU